UGCUCUGCUCCCCCUCCCCUCCCCGCAUCUCUCUCUCUCCCUCUCUCUCUCCCUCUCCUGCAUCUUCCCACCCUGCUCUGCUGCAUCAGCACCAACCUCUCUCCAUCCUUAGAGCAUCUUCCUCCUCCCAGCUUGGCUGAGCAGGGAAGGCUCAGUUUAUCCAUUACUGCAAUUACCAGUAACCUUCCUUCCCUCCCUCCUCCUCCUCCUCCUCCACCACCCCAAAGAAGAGGGGUCUUCGCCAGCCACCGUGUCUGUCUGUUGAGCCACACGGAGGGUGGGGGAGAAGACCCACUGAGGACCCACAGCCUCGCCAGGAAGCAAGCGCAAUGAAGGAUCGCACCCAGGAGUUGAGAAGUGCCAAAGACAGCGACGAUGAGGAAGAGGUGGUGCACGUGGACCGAGACCAUUUCAUGGAUGAGUUCUUUGAACAGGUGGAGGAGAUCCGCGGCUGCAUUGAGAAACUCUCGGAAGAUGUGGAACUGGUGAAGAAGCAGCACAGUGCCAUCUUGGCUGCCCCCAACCCAGAUGAGAAGACCAAGCAGGAACUGGAGGAUCUCACAGCUGACAUCAAGAAGACUGCCAACAAGGUGCGCUCCAAGUUGAAAGCGAUUGAGCAGGGAAUCGAGCAGGAAGAGGUGCAGAACCGAUCCUCGGCUGACUUGCGGAUCCGGAAAACGCAGCACUCGACCCUUUCCCGCAAGUUCGUGGAGGUGAUGACGGAAUACAACACAACCCAGUCCAAAUAUCGAGACCGAUGCAAGGACCGUAUCCAGAGGCAGCUGGAGAUAACUGGCAGGACAACAACUAAUGAGGAGCUAGAAGACAUGCUGGAGAGCGGAAAGUUGGCAAUCUUCACCGAUGACAUCAAAAUGGACUCACAGAUGACGAAGCAGGCCCUGAACGAGAUCGAAACCCGGCACAACGAGAUUAUCAAACUGGAAACCAGCAUCCGGGAGCUUCAUGACAUGUUUGUGGACAUGGCUAUGUUGGUGGAGAGCCAGGGGGAGAUGAUUGACCGCAUUGAAUACAAUGUCGAGCACUCCGUUGAUUACGUGGAAAGAGCCGUCUCUGACACCAAGAAAGCUGUAAAAUACCAGAGCAAGGCUCGGAGGCCGCAAUGCCUUGACCCAGUGAUCAUCUUUCGUGACCUUCCAUUAUCUACACUGAGCAGCUAGGCUGCUGUGGGAUCUCGCUGGCUGCCGUAAACGAGAGGCGAUCCCUCGCUCUGCCUUCCGUGCAUGAAGACCAGCGCGAAACCCUACUGCAGGCUAGGAAGACGGAAGUCCUGGGAGGAUCUUCAGGUCAAUUUCUGCAUGCACAAAGCGUCGCUCAUGCGGAAAGAGACCCAAAGCCCAAACCCACCUGAAUGCAAAAGCAAAGGCAUAUCCAUAUUAAAACCCCAUGCACAGAACUAAUUAUGCACAGUGUAUAGCUUAGCUGUCGGUUGUAUCAGUGCCUAUGAAAUAAGAAGCAGUGCUAAGGUACUGAUUGCCAUGAAAGCAUACUCUGGCCAUGCUACAGUCGCAUUACCCAGCUCUUAAAAAUUGGCAAAGUAUUAUUAUCCCAUUGGCCUAUUUGUGUUAAAAUGCACACCCCUGAGUAACAGUACUCCAUCGCUAGAGUAUCCUAAUGAUGCUGUAUCCUUAGCAGAAAACAAGAACAGCACCUGAUGCGAUUAGAAGAAGCCACACUCUGACCCAUGCCAAAUAUGCUGCAGUAUUUAAGAACCUACUUACCAAAGGUGCUGCAGUAUUCCGGAGUAAGGUAAUACUGUGCCCCUGUGUCGAGUUUAGUGAAAUAGCUUUCUGCCUUUCCGAGAAAAUAAAAUGAGCAAUGCAAACUGCGCCAGCAACCUUAGCACCCAAACUAUGCAUCCUUUUCAGGAGCGCUCGGUUGACGUUUGCUCCUUUAAAUGGCAUCUCUAUUUAAAAGAAGAAGAA